AUGGUUAUCCCAUUCUUAGGAAGACUAUCCCUUUUAGAGUGGCCAAUGGUCAUCGUAUCCUUCGUGUUUGCUUAUAUUGAGUUCAUAAUAUCCAUUAUAACAAAGUGUCUACCUUCACCAAUCAUUCAUUUAUGCACAAAUAUAAUUAAUCAAGUUUAUACUGUUUUCCUUUUAUCACCAAAUGAAGAAGAUAUUUAUUCAAUUCCCAAGACCAAAAGUUAUAUUGAUAUGUUGAAAUUAAGAAACAAGAUUCAAAAUACUGAAAAUAUUAAACAAAUUGGUGAAAUUUUCGGUCAUGAAAUUGAUGAUCAUAUUGUCAAGACAAAUGAUGGUUAUUUAUUAUGUCUUCAUCGUAUAAAACCAAAAGUUGAAAACGCUCCAAUUGUUUAUUUACAUCAUGGGUUAUUAAUGUGUUCAGAUAUUUGGUGUGUUAAUAUUGAAAAAAAUAAAAACAUACCUUUUUUAUUACAUGAUUUAGGGUUUGAUGUUUGGUUAGGAAAUAAUCGUGGUAAUAAAUAUUCAACAAAACAUAUUUACUUAAAACCAAAUGAUGUUAAAUUUUGGGACUUUAGUAUUGAUGAAUUUGCUAUUUAUGAUAUACCUGAUUCAAUAAGUUAUAUAUUGAAUUAUACAAAUCAACAAGAUUUAACUUAUAUUGGGUUUAGUCAAGGUUCUGCUCAAGCAUUUGCUGCAUUAUCAAUUAAUCCAAUCCUGAAUAAACAAGUUAAAUUAUUCAUUGCAUUAUCUCCUGCAAUGACUCCAAGAGGUUUACAUCAUAAAGUUGUUGAUGCUUUAAUUAAAACUUCUCCAAAUAUUAUGUAUUUGAUAUUUGGCAAAAAAACUUUAUUACCAACUGCUUCAUUUUGGGAAAGUAUAAUCUAUCCACCAUUAUUUGUUAAAAUCAUUGAUAAAUCAAAUGAAAUGUUGUUUAAUUGGAAAAGUUUAAAUAUUAAUUUUAAUCAAAAAAUUUCAAGUUAUUCACAUUUAUAUUCUCCAACUUCUGUUAAAUCAAUUGUUCAUUGGUUUCAAAUUAUUAGAAAUUCAAAUUUCCAAAUGUUUGAUGAAGAUUUUUCAAUAACAAAUACAAUUUCAAAACCUUUUAGAAAUCCAAAUUUCCCUACAAGAACUAAUAUUAAAGUCCCAAUAAGAUUAAUCUAUGGAACUAUAGAUUCCUUGGUGGAUAUCAAUGUUAUGAAGAAGUUGUUACCUUCAGAUGAUAUUGAAACUGUUGGUGUUUUGGAUCAUGAACAUUUAGAUUUAAUUUGGGGUGAUGAUAUUGAAGAUUUAGUUUUCCCUCAUAUUUUGAAAUUUUUAAACAUUGAUUCAAAGGGAACAUCUGCUAUUCAAAAUGAUAAUGAUUCUGAUAAUGAAAAAGUUUCAAGUUAUUAA